GAUUUUCCCUCAUCCGAGGAUCCUUGGAAUGGUUCUACUCAGGACUAAUAGUCAGUAGAUUUAUGAGGAAUCCAAGAUGAAUUUGGAGCAGGAGAGGCCAUUUGUCUGCAGUGCUCCAGGCUGCUCUCAGCGCUUCCCAACAGAGGACCAUCUGAUGAUUCAUAGGCACAAGCAUGAAAUGACUUUGAAGUUUCCCUCAAUAAAAACAGACAAUAUGUUAUCAGAUCAGACUCCGACCCCAACGAGAUUCCUGAAGAACUGUGAGGAGGUGGGGCUCUUCAAUGAGCUGGACUGCUCCCUCGAGCAUGAGUUCAGGAAAGCUCAAGAGGAGGAGAGCAGCAAGCGGAAUAUUUCGAUGCAUAACACAGUUGGUGGGGCCAUGGCGGGGCCCGGAGCUCACCAGCUUGGCAGCACCCGGAUGCCCAACCAUGACACCAGCGUUGUGAUUCAGCAAGCCAUGCCGUCGCCCCAGUCCAGCUCUGUCAUCACACAGGCACCUUCCACCAACCGCCAGAUCGGGCCUGUCCCAGGCUCUCUAUCUUCUCUGCUACAUCUCCACAACAGACAGAGACAGCCCAUGCCAGCCUCCAUGCCUGGGACCCUGCCCAACCCAACAAUGCCGGGAUCUUCUGCCGUUUUGAUGCCAAUGGAGAGACAGAUGUCAGUGAACUCCAACCUCCUGGGAAUGCAAGCUCCAAAUCUCAGCAACCCCUGUGCUUCUCCCCAAGUCCAGCCAAUGCAUUCAGAAGCCAAAAUGAGGUUGAAGGCUGCCUUGACUCACCACCCUGCCGCCAUGUCAAAUGGGAAUAUGAACACCAUGGGACACAUGAUGGAAAUGAUGGGCUCCCGGCAGGACCAGACGCCACACCAUCACAUGCACUCGCAUCCGCAUCAGCACCAGACACUGCCAGCCCAUCACCCCUACCCGCACCAGCACCAGCACCCAGCACACCAUCCUCACCCUCAACCCCAUCACCAGCAGAACCACCCACAUCAUCACUCCCACCUUCACGCACACCCCACACAUCACCAGAGCUCGCCACACCCACCCCUGCACUCCGGCAACCAAGCACAGGUUUCACCAGCGACACAACAGAUGCAGCCAACCCAGACAAUACAGCCGCCCCAGCCCACAGGGGGGCGCCGGCGAAGGGUGGUGGAUGAGGAUCCUGACGAGAGGCGGAGGAAAUUUCUGGAACGGAACCGGGCCGCUGCCACCCGCUGCAGACAGAAGAGGAAGGUCUGGGUGAUGUCACUGGAAAAGAAAGCAGAAGAACUCACCCAGACAAACAUGCAGCUUCAGAAUGAAGUGUCCAUGUUGAAAAAUGAGGUGGCCCAGCUGAAGCAGUUGUUGUUAACACAUAAAGACUGUCCGAUAACAGCCAUGCAGAAAGAAUCACAAGGGUAUCUAAGUCCGGAGAGCAGUCCUCCCGCCAGCCCUGUCCCAGCUUGCUCUCAGCAGCAGGUCAUCCAGCAUAACACCAUCACCACUUCCUCAGCAGUGAGCGAGGUGGUGGGAAGCUCCACCCUCAGUCAGCUCACCACUCACAGAACAGACCUGAAUCCCAUCCUUUAAAAUCCACCGCUUGGUCAGACCUUGCCUCCAAGAAGAGCUGUCGCAUAUCAUGCGUCCUUUCUUUUAAGGGCAUUUUUAGAAUUAAAUCAGACCUGGAAGACUCCUCAGCCCUUCAGAGACUGGCUUUCAUUUUUAUAGUUAUUAUGGAAAUGUUGUCUUUUAUACUUAGUUCUAUAAGAAAAAAAGGGAGUUAUGCAAUUAAUUAACCUAUCAGCUUGGGAAAUGCUUUGGUGCUUUUCUCCAAUUUUCUGGUACCAGUUCACUUGUUUAUAAACUGAACUCUUUCUGUAUAUAGAUAUGGUUUCGUUCUUACCGGUCCAACCCUUUGCCUGAGACAUUGAAUCUUGUUAAACCGCAGCUUUUAGCCAAAAUGAGGCAUACCAGAGGUCACGUAAACGGAUGCAAGGUAACUGGGUGGUGAGUCUGAUGACGUUGUAACAUAUGUUGAGUUUGUGCUGUGAUGUCACCAGAAUUCCAGAUAAAUACAGAGCCUUUUCCAUA